CUGACUGCUGAAGUGCGGACGCGAGUGAGCAUCUGAAGCAGUACAGCGGCUGUGCUGAAACUUUGUUUCUGGCCGUUUUGGUGAAGUGGUUCGAUCUUCAGUGACACAGAUCAGGAUUCUCACACCUAACCUACUGUGCAAGUGUGAAGUGGCCAGAGCAGAGUGACAGUGAUCACUGUAUAUGGUGAUUACCAGAGAGCUUCCUUUUUGUACCGUAAAUAUACCAAGGACAAGAAAGUAAAGACUUUGACCCUGGCUUAUACCUGGCGGCAGACAGACCUACAAUCUGUGCAAUGACCACCUCGUCGGUGUAGCUGUCCUUCAGACUGUCCAGAGAGUAGCGACAAUUUCAAACAAUGGCGACGUCUAGUCAGGUGAAGACGUCUGUGCAGGACCCCCUGUAUCACUACGAGACUCACUUCCCGGAGAAGGUCUCCUUGUUGCACGAUAACCCGGAGUACCCUCAACCGUUCAGCAAGAGGAAGAAACAGAGACCGCGGUCGGGCCUUCGAUACAAAACACAGCCUGUGACCUUCGACGAAAUACAGGAAGUUGACGAGGAGAACUUAGAGGAGUCUAAAAAAGACGGUCUGAAAAACCAGUUCCAGCAGUUUUCCCGUUCUAUGGACGGCUUGUUGCCAAGAGCGAUGGGCGGUCAGAGACCGAAACCCACCAAGUCUAAGCCCCCCAAACCCACUCUGCCCGUGCCAACGGAGAUCCCGCGGGCCGAGGAGAGGUUGGCUGGUGGAGCUUCGAGCAAGGAGACGUCGCCAAUGCCGUCCCCAGGGACGGAAAACCCUAGCAAAGCCCCACCGCCGUUCCCCGCGGUGAAUACCUCUCAGAACUUACCGUUUGCUACAAAUGAGACAGACUAUCGUCAGGGUCGAGCGGCUAAAGCCCGGGAGGCCCGAAAGGCUCGCCGGGGGAAAUUAGCGCAGGAAGAGAGAGCGGAUUCUACGGACACUUAACCUGAUCAGAAAAACAAACAAACAAAACGCGCUCUUUUUCUUUUACAUAUUUAACUUCUGUUACUUAUAUUAUUUUUAACAUAGUAAUGUAUUGUCACAGUUUUUGGUGAUGUUGUAAGUAAUACAAUGCAGCCUGUCUGUUCAUCAGUAUACAUAUCUCUAUCCAUGUCAGGGCUGUGAUGCUUUUGUGGCCUUCCGUGUUUUCCGUACAACUGGUCAUACGGAUGACAGUUGCUUAUGAUUAACCGGUCCUCAGUGUCUUGAUGUUACAUGGACGUAGACCUUGAUGUGAGUGAUUGGCUAAUAACAAUGUGACCUGUCAAUAAUACAUUUGUUUACCCAGUAUCAGCAGAUGACACAAUUCCUCCCUCCUACAUCGUAAGUUUUGUACAUUUUCUCUGCAAUCCAGGAAGGAUAAUGGCUGGGUUUUUACAAUAUGAAAUUAUAUCUGUUCAGUGUCAAAGAAUAUUGAUGACUCGGUCAAUAUUUUUUAAGCUCAUUGCUGUAUAUAGCUCUGAUGAAAUUGAUUCUUUUUGUUAUGCCUACAGUUUGUUUCCCCAGUUUUUUUUUUGUUUUUUUUUUCGUUUUCCAUUCACAAUUUAUUUUACACGUAAAACCACCCAAAACAUUAGUUCCUUAUUUUAAAUAUGGCUUAAACCUAAACAUAGAUUUCUGCCCAUCCGAAGUACCAAAGUGUCUUUUAGUGAGGUAAAUUGCUUUAAUUGAGGAUCUAUAUAUGACUUUGCCUUUGCCUAAGCAAAUAAUACACCCCUGGCGCGUUGUAUAAGGAAAUAUGACUGAACCAUCCAUCACCACACUGUUCGUAAGGUUCUUCUUUUGGGGCAAGCAAUGUGCAUGGUGACCUUUGCAUCUGGCAGCAAAAUAUAAAACCCUGGCUUUCUUACAGACCAAGGCCUAUACUUAUCAAACGCCUUAACACUUAAGUCAAAAGUUCAAACACAGCUACAAUUAAAGUUUUUUUUUUUUGCUCGUGCGAGUUUACAGUUUUUACCGGUACACUGUAUUUUUACUGCAGAACAAUGUGCAAAGUACAAUUAUAUGAGCUCUUAACUCUUCUGAGUUGGGCUUUUUAAAUACUUGUAAAUUAUGAGUUGCUUGAUAAAUACGUGCCUUGGCCUUAUUCCGUCAGUAAAGAUAAAUACACCAACUAAAUGUAAAUAACUUUUGAGAUCAGACGCCCGUCCAUUCUAAAUGUCCUUAAUCAAAACACGCUGCCCUCGUUGUGGGAUCACGUUGAAGUGAACUUAGCAUGAGUUGCUCUUGAGUGUGCGUGGCAAGUUUCGAGCAUUUAUGCCAGGCACUUGAUAGCUUCUUUAGUCGAUGUUCACGGACUAUUUCUCAUGUAUGUCAUCAUGAUUAAGAGAUUUAUGUCGAAGAUGUGUUGAAAUAUUUUUAAUACUAUGAGAUAAUCAUGAUUUUUGGAUGAUUAUUUGAAAGCACCGGAUGCCUUAGGUCUUUAACUAUGCAGACUUCUAAUUGGGCUUCAGGUGUGUUAACAUAAACACUGGCUACUGUUAAUGUGGACCGUAGAUUGAAUUGCUUAAAUAUCUACUACCAAACAAUUGAUAAAUACACCAGACAUUUGGAUUGUUUUCUCACAAUUGUUACGAUAUUUAGCCAGGAAAGGAGCGCCUGUGAAGAUGACGUCCUCUGAUUGGAGUAUAGUACCAACUAGAACAUGCAUCUAAUGUAUUAAAACGACACUGGCCACGUUUGAAUUUGGAGUUUGUUUUGUAAAUUUCCUAACGGUGGACAAGCGAUGAACUUCUACGUCUGUGAACAUACAGUGAUAUGCGCCUAUAUAUGACACUGAUGGACUGGUAUGUUACCGUGAAUCAAGGUCAAAAGGUAUCAACUGUGUUAGCUUUCUUAACAUUUCAUUUUUUUUUUUGCGUAACUGCUCAUUAAGGAUACUAUAAGCGUUCAACAUAUUACGAUGAUUGUGUAUUAUACGCUGUGCGUUCCAGGCACAGCCCCCCUCCCCCCACCUAAAUUGUCAGUAAUGACUUUUGACAGAUACGUGCUCUAAUGCUUUUGUACAAUAUAAGACCGAAAAUGAAAAUUACCCGUAUCCUAAACUGUAUAUGUGUAUCACAACCUUAUGCCAGCUGUGAAACAUUCUCAGUCGCGAUAUCUUUGCCAAAGUUUAUGCACGUUAUUUGUGAAAAGUUGUGUGUCGUGUGUACCAAAACUUGCUAUAUACAUAUGGUCAUCUAUACACUUGACAUCGUGUUCACGUCUGUCCUUGUAUACACGUUCGAGUUGUGUAUUGUGAAGCAUUCUGUGAAGCGGGCUUGUGGAAUGUGUGGUAUAGAUGUAUUUAUGUGUAUUUAUUUAUUAUCACUUGUUUACAUGGUGGUUUGAUUUUUUGUUUCAAUCGCUGUAUAUAUAAAAUGAUAAAUAACACA